AUGUCUUUCUCCGAUAUUUCCAAGAGCUUGAGCGACAUCGAGCGCAAGGUCACAAAGUCCAACAAGAUCAUUGCUAAGGGCAAUGACAUUAACUACAAGGACGCCAUCAAGCUGGGUACAAAGUCCCAGUCCAUCUGCAGCACGAUCAGGAAGGGUAUCAAGGAUUAUGGAAAUUUCAACCCCUCCGAGGAUGAGGCUAAGAAGCUCCUGACCCAAAUGACCACCGUCAUCGAUUUGACCGAGACUCAGCUUAACUCCAUGGUUGCGAACAAGGCCCAAUUCGACAAGCUCAAGGUCGGUGGAUUGGUAAAGAAGAACGUCGAGAAGACGGAGGUUGCCAGCAAAGAGCUGUCCGAUACCAUGGUUGCAAAGGCUCCUGCCAGCAUCAAGGCGGAUGCUGAGGCCCUGGAAAAGAGACGCGCCGCUGCCUUUAGCAAGGCUGUCUCCACCUUUGCUGGCGCUACAGGUGGUGAGGAUGAGCAGCUCGGCGAGGAUUCGGACUAA